UUUAACGGAAGUGCUAUUGAAAUUGCGCACUCAUCUCCACUUCACUACAUUGUUGUUAUUUAGCAAUAUCUACGGAUUGUUUAUCGCACAUUAGCUUACUUAAAUAGUAUACUAUUUACUUAACACAGAGAAUACACAUCUGUAAUUUGGGCUGGACAAGAUGGCCAGCUGCAAUUUUCAGGCGCAGUUUGUAUCCAUUAUGGAGGUAUUGGCUAAAGCAGCUGUAACAGAAAUAAACAAACGUGUAGAUGAUAGCUGUGCUGUUAUACGUUUGGAAAUGACCCAAAGCCAGCGAGAUAUUGAUGUACUGAAAAGGAGGUGUCAAAUGAUGGAGAGCGAGCUGAAGAAAACGCGCAGACGAAAAGGUUUUUACCCCGUGGCAUCAGAGAGACCUUCAUAUCCAGUCAAGAUUGUUUCGAACAAGCAGAGGAGUACCUCACAGUGGAGAGACAGCGAGAUGUCUGUUGAAGUGGACUCUCAACCCCUGCCUACAGAUGUGGAUCAGAGAGUGGAGACUGAACCCAUACUGAUCAAAGAUGAGGAGACAGCAGAGGAUGUGUGGAAGACUGACCCUCAGGAAGAGCUCAGGAUCACUGGAGAGGAGUCUGGUUCCAAGCCUGGGAAACAACCAUCCUUUGAGCAACGGCACUGUGAUGAAGACUUCAUCACACAACCCAACAUAUCUCUAGAAGACUCAGUGGAAAAUUACCCCAAUUCUGUUCAUCCAGAGGAACCAGGCACACCUUGGCUAUCAUCUACAGAGGUGUUCAGCACAGAGCAGCAACAGCCAGACGAGGACGAGGACUCACUAGACCUAGUGAUGGUGAAGGAUGAGAAAGAGGAGGAGUUAGAUCAGACCACGACCCUGGCAGGACCUGACCAGCUUGUCAUGGAUGAGACUGAUGGGCAGCUGUGGACCUCUGUGGAUCCAGGCAGAGACACUGACCCUGAUGGCCACCCAGAUUUCUCCUUUCAUUCCACAGAAGAGUACUCUCAGAAUAUCUCAAUUUUCCCAUCUCAUAGUGGGCUGCCAUCCGUUUCUACUAUGACAGAUGAAGUGGGGCCAUCACUUCACACUUCUAUAUGGAAACCACAUGCUAACAUGUUCAGUGCAGCAGCACACAUGAAAAGACAUAUCAGGACAAUGGCUGAUGAGACUAGACAACAGAUGCCAGAGGGACAGAGCAGUGAGAUGCUGAACUCAAGUAAUGAAGGAAAUAGUUUAGCUCUACAGCCAAGACUGCAUCAAUACAGGGCUUCAGAAGCGACUGUGAGAUUGAGUGAGUGCAUGACAGGGUCAAACAUGGCCACCACCUCCACCUUCUCUGGAUACAGCCUGAGUCACAGUAGUUUUAACAUGGUGAAGAGAAUGAGGACUCAGUGGAGAUCAGGCGGCACCACCGAGAGGCGUUUCAGCUGCACCUUCUGUGGGAAGAGCUUCCAGCGUCUCUGCCAGCUCAAAGUACACCUCCGGAGUCACACCGGAGAGAAACCUUACACCUGUGAACAGUGUGGCAGGAGUUUCACCAAACAGUGCAACCUGAUCAGACAUGCUCUGGUCCACACCGGGGAGAAGCCUUACGAGUGCACACAGUGUGGGAAAUGCUUCACCCAGCGCUCCAAAAUGAAGUCACAUCAAAGAACUCACAUAGGGGAGGGUCCAGUCUCUCAAUACGUGGUACCCGCAUACCCAGGGGAUCCACACACAAGUUUAAUGUUGUCUCAGAACAGAUGGAAUAAAUAGUUCAUAAUUGCAUAGUUUUUCUUUAACAAUUACUUAAACUGCAUACUGUGUACUAAUCUUAUUACAUAGUAUUUAGAACGUACGUUGUCAAUUGAAUGCUGUAAGCAAGAAAUACUAGGCUCCUCCUACUGAAGGCCUCAUCUAAUGUGCAAUUGCAUUGAUUCCCGACAUUCAUUCAUUUUGGUACAGCGUGUCUCAUCAGUUAUACCUUUUUCUAUCCUUUAAUAAAUACCAUACCACAUUUUCA